GCCGAUCACGGCCGAGACCCGUUUCCCUGGUGUGUGGCAGCUCAAUGGAUGCCCCAAGUCAUGGGACUUUGUGCAAGCCUUGGCGGUCGUCGAAGACCAUUUUCAGGAUGUCCGCAUGAUCCGCCAGCACACCCGUGGAGCCGACAAAACCUUCUUGUUCAGGGGUGCGGCCACGGCUGGGGCCGAGUGCGAUCUGUUGCCCAUAGCCACUCAGGAUGGGGAUGGAUCCCAGCUUAUGUUGUGGGCCAGUUUGGCGCCUGCCAAGGCUGAACAAGUCAAACAGAAGCGCAUCAAGACAGGUGCCCUGCCCUUCGUUACGCCGACCCCUGAUAUCUUCACGCCGGUUGUUCAAAGUUUGCCGGUGAAGCCCUGCCAGGAAGCUGCUUCGGAGGAUGCGGCCAUGCAAGGUGACGCCUCGCCUUCUGCGGGUGCCUCUGCCGUCAAGGACAAGCCGAAGCCAGAGACUGCCGAUAGUGACGCCGCGGCAAAGAGGCAGAAGGUUACAGUCCGGGAGGUGCCCAAAGGUUGUGUUCUGCAAGCGGCUGCUAAGGAUGGCAACUGCAUGUACCAUGCCGUUGGCGAUGGCCUGCGCUGGCUGAAAGAGCAGCCCAAGGCGUUCCACCACCUUGACCUUCGUGCCCGUGUUGCUGAGCACCUUGCCAGACACAAGGAGGACUAUGAGCCUACGUGGUCCAGUGACGGCCGUCCCGGGCCUGAUGGCACUGCCUUGCCGGACUGGGAUGCCUUUGUUACGCAGGUUGCCUUGCCUAGCAAGUACAGUGGCGAAGCUGAGCUCAAGGUCUGCUCCUACGGCAAGGCGAAGUACAAAGAUGUUGUUGCAAUUUCCUUUGCUGAUAAGCACUUUGACUUUGUGAAGCCGGAUGGCAAGUACACCAAAGACAUCUCAGGCGUUGUUGCUGAUCCCAAUGGUGGAUUUCUUGUUGGCGGCGUCA